AUGGCUCCCGACCGUGUCGCCAACGCCCUGGAUAACUUGAUAUCCCACAUUGUCCCUCGCGACCCCGACGAGGAUGAUGAGUCCGCCCAGAAUCAGCACGACGCCCGCUUCGAGCAGGCCAUGUCUAUGAUUCAGAGCCCAGCAUCUUCGGCCGUCUCUUCCGACGUCAACCACGCCUCGGAUCUGAUCAAGCGCAAGCUUAUACAGAGCAACCCCGGACAGGCGCUCCGGUUCUCCAACCUGUACUCCAGACUCCUCUCUCUUCCCGUCCUCGAGCAUAAAUGGGCCAUCCUAUACCUCCUCUACCAGCUAGCCGACUCCCCAGACCCCAGCGAACCCCUCCCCAUCAGCCCCGUCAAGCCGUCGGCACCCAACUACCGCGAUGCCGUGAGCCGAGAAGCCAUGAAGCGCCAGGGCCGGGACAGGCCCCGGGCUCAGGCUCAGGCUCAGGCUCAGGCUCAGGCGCAGGCGCAGGCUCAGGCGCAGGCGCAGGCGCAGGCGCAGGCGCAGGCGCAGCAGCCGACAAAGCUCGAGGAGAAGCAGUUCAAAGAGGCCUUCCAGCCAGAAGGGCUGGCCAAGCUCCCGCCGCCCCAGGCCAGAGACCAGCCAGGCAACAUGGAUGGCGCGGCUGACGGCGACGUACCUAAGCGGGACGUGUCCCUCAAGUCGACGCUGCUGGCCAGCAACCGCGCCGACAUAGACCCCCCGGAGGCCGUCAUCCUGCGCGACCUGCCUUUUGCCCUGCAGGGCGUGUCGUCGACCACUCUACCCUUCACGCCAAAGGACACCCUCAGGCUGCCGCCCUCGCUCCCGAUGCCUCUCAUCUCGCUCCUGCACACGCUGGCGGAGCCGUCGCUGCUCUACCGUCGCCUCGACACCUUCUGCAAGAGCCCCGCCAAGGGCCUGCUGUCCCAGAGCCUGCGGGCGGCCAUGGGCAGCGAGCUGCGGGCCUACCUCAGCCUCGUCGCCACGCUGGAGGGCCAGAUAAGGCGUGCCCUCUCGGCCAUCGACCACACGGCGCCGCGGGGUGGCAUCGGUAAGGCGGGCGUGACGCUGAAGCGGUGCGUGGUGUGGACGAGGGAGGCGACCAUGGGCCUGAGGCUGAUGAGCCUCAUCGCCGAGGAGUCCGAAGAGAAGAAGGGAGGGCAGCUCAUCUCGCUCAUACACGGCUUCUCGUCGUCGCACGGCGAUCCGGUGGUGGCGGCCUUUGCCGAGAGGCUGCUGGGCAGCUUCACGCGACCAUUCUACGACCUGCUGCGGCACUGGAUCUACGACGGCGAGCUGUCGGAUCCGUACCUCGAGUUCUUCGUACGGGAGCCCGGGGCGAGAGGGGACGGAGCGGGGACGGGCAGGGGUAAGGCGAUAGGCAACGUGUGGGAGGACAAGUACGAGAUCGCGCCGGACAUGGUGCCGACGACGAUCACGGAGGCGUUCGCGCAGAAGGUGUUCCUGAUCGGCAAGUCGCUCAACUUCAUCCGCAACAGCUGCGGCGACUCGCUGUGGGUGGAGAACUACUCCAAGGACGCGUCCAAGGAGCUGCGGUACGGGGACACGGCAACGCUGGAGGCGUGGAUCGACGAGGCAUACAAGACGACGAUGCGGCGGCUGAUCGACCUGAUGGCCAACAAGUUCCACCUGUACGAGCACCUGGCGGCGCUGCGCAACUACAUACUGCUGGGCAAGGGCGACUUCAUCGCGCUGCUGAUGGAGUCGCUGGCGCCGAACCUGGACCGGCCGGCGGGGGCGCAGUACCGGCACACGCUGACGGCGCAGCUGGAGCACGCGAUACGCGGGUCCGACGCGCAGCACGACUCGGCCGAGGUGCUCCGGCGGCUGGACGCGCGCAUGCUGCAGCUGUCGCACGGGGACAUUGGGUGGGACUGCUUCACGCUCGAGUACAAGAUCGACGCGCCGGUGGACGUGGUGGUGACGGAGUGGGGCAACAGGCAGUACCUCAAGGUCUUCAACUUCCUGUGGCGCAUCAAGCGCGUCGAGUUCGGGCUCCUGACGACGUGGCGCAAGUGCAUGACGGGCGCGCGCGGGGUGCUGCAGAGCGACGACGAGGUGGUGGCCCAGGCGUGGAAGUCGACGCGGGGCACGCUGGCGGAGAUGAUACACUUUGUCGGGCAGCUGCAGUACUACAUCCUGUUCGAGGUGAUCGAGUCGUCGUGGAACGCGCUGCAGGAGCGCAUCCGCAAGGACGACUGCACGCUCGACGACUUCAUCAAGGCCCACACGACCUACCUCAACGACAUAACGCACAAGGGGCUCCUGGGGCCCAAGAGGCGCGGGCCGACGACGGCGGCGUCGGCCGACGACGACGACAGGGCGUCGUACCUGGCGCAGCUGGGCGACAUGCUCCGCUUCAUGCUCAACUACCGGGACGCGGUGGACGGGCUGUACAGCUGGAGCGUGUCCGAGUUCACCCGACGCCAGGAGGCGGACGUGCGCACCAACUUUGCCGACGACCAGGACGACGUCGACGGCGGCGGCGGCGGCGGCGGCGGCGGCGGCGGCGGGGCGGCGGGGCAAGGGACGGGCAGCGUGACGUCCGAGUUCCCCGUCCUGCAGGAACGGUUGCGCCACCUCGGAUCGUCGUUCCGCACCCGGCUCCAACUCCUCCUCGGCGACCUGGCCUACCAGCCCGACGUGGACAUGCGCUUCCUCGGCGUGGCCAUGAACUUCAACGACGUCUACCAGCCGGCCCGGCGCAAGAGCAAGCCCUCCUCUGCCGUGCCGUCGACGGGCCAGCAUUCGGUGAAUACGUCGAGGGGGUGA